AUGUCUGCUAGCGUUAAUAUCACCGACACCAUAAAAUGGACGUUUUCCAAUACGUUUCCGUUACCGUAUAGAGCAUUGAUGGUUUUGGUGAUUGGCAUAUGGAGUUGGGGACUUAAUUUACACAUUCUUUCACUAUAUUCAAUAGAUGCUUCAGCAGUAUUGUGUAUUAAAAGAGUGAUAUUUUCAGGAUUUGGUUCAGAAGUUUAUUUUUCAGAUGUUAUAAUGGCAGAUAUUUUAACUAGUUUUGCCAAGGUUUUAGGAGAUUUAUAUGUCACCGGAUGUAUUUUAUUAUUUUACGAUGUUGAACAAAGUGGAGCUUCUGGUAAUCGAUGUUACAGUUAUAUAAUUGCUCCUAUGUUAACUAGAUUUAGACAAUGCUUAACAGAAUAUAUUGGAUCAGAUUUUAAUAAUAAACAUCAUUUAUUUAAUGCAAUUAAAUAUUGUUCAGCAUUUCCAGUAAUAAUAUUUUCAGCUUUACAAAAAUUGUAUAAAUAUGAAGCACUAACUGAAUCAUCAAUAAUAUGGCUUCCUCCGCCAGUGUUACUUAAAUUAUGGGUAUUAUCGGUUGCAUUUAAUUCAAUUUAUUCAUUUUAUUGGGAUGUAGCAAAAGAUUGGAAUUUAGAAUUUUUCACACCAACGCAUCCAAAAUCAUAUAUACCAAGUUUUAAAUUAAGGCAAAAUUUAAUAUUUAAAGACCCAGUAAUAUAUUAUAUUGCAAUAAUGAUGGAUUUUUUAUUAAGGUUUACCUGGUCGUUAAAAUUGUCAUCACAUCUACAUAUAAUACAUCAAUUGGAGGGCGGCGUUUUCCUAAUGGAGGUUUUAGAAGUUUUGAGACGUUGUCUAUGGAUAUUUUUCAGAUUUGAAAAUGCAUGGAUUGAAAAAUUUGUAAUAGGGGAAAAAGGAGGAGGUGCAGGAAUUUAUGGACCGUUAAAUUCAGCCGCUAAAACUAGUAUGAUAGAAUUAAAUAGUUUUGACGAAGAUGGUAUUAAUAAUAAAGAGUCAAGAGACGAGGAAAUAUUAGAAUAA